GCGAGCAACCACCUCAACCUAAAACAAUUGCGAGUCCGAUUAAAUGCAUUUGAUGAAGUUGUUGGUUGCUUCAUAUCAAUUGGCUGGGACUCGGACCGAGUCGUGCCACCUCGUGCCACACUGCGACCAAUUGAAGGCCAUCAUAGCGGCCACUAUUUAUUACUGUGCAGCGAAGACUGUGUUCUGUCUAUAUUAAUUGCCUCCGACUCAGGUGCUUAUAUGCAUUCGCACUGAUCUGUCAGAGGAGCCACAUUUCUCCACUUUCUUCAGCUCUGGUGGUCGCAACUCUCGACGAUCCCUUGUAUCCCCAACUAAUCAACACCUUCUACAAGCAGCAUGAAUAGCUUCAAACGAGCGAGCGAUAUCAAUUCAGGGUUAACGUUGAUCAUCGGACCGGUCCUAGUCUGUGGACUGUUGAGCGUUGCGUUAUUUGGCUGCCUUGCUUGUCAGUCCUACUUGUAUUUUACGAGAUUCAAGAGCGACCAUGUCGUCCUGAAAGCAACUGUGUCUGCAGUCGUCUUGGUUCAGCUGGGCCACUUUGCUUGUGUGACAUCGACGUUGUGGACAAUGACUGUCAACACCUAUGGUGACCCAUCUCAACUCAAGGUGAUCCCUGUGGCGGCAGACUUGGCCAUUCCAUUGAGCGCCUUCACAGCAUUUAUCGUGCAGGCAUUUUACGUAUUUCGACUUUGGAUGUUGUCUAAAAAAGGUUUCUUACCUAUUCUCUGCGAAAUGAUCUCAGUUGUUGCGCAAAUUUCUACACUCAUUCUUUCCUCGAGAGCGUUUUAUAUGACAGACCUCACGAUUUUUGAAGACGGUCGAAUGGAAUUGAUGACGCUCUCCUUCGUCGCACGUGCAGCUUGCGACUUACUCACCACUGCUGCCAUCGCCUGGAGUUUAUACAAGGAACGAGACUGUGAGAUUAAAAGCACGGUUUCGAUGAUCGACCGGUUGCUUAAAUGGACAAUCGAAACUGGCCUGGUCACUAGUUUGAUGGCCCUUACAUUGGCAAUUUUGCUUCCCACCUUGAAGCAGCCAGACUAUUUUGGGCUCGGGUUAUGGUUACUGUGGCCCAAUGUCGUAGGGAACUCCUUGCUAGUCUCGUUAGUUGCCAAACAGACAGACAUUAAACCGAAACUUACCCAUGUCGUACAGAUUGAACCGUCGGUCGCUCCUUCGGGACAGGGCCUCAAGAAACGACACCCAGAACCAUUCCUUUUCUUUGUAUCACGAUGUGCAGCUGGCUUUGCGCGCUCGAUCGACGAAGCUUGGAAGAAAGGAGCGAACGCUGCCCUUCGGCUGGAUUGGGCGGUCUAA